AUGUACCACGUGGUACAGGGUGAUGGACAUGCCACUGACAGCGAUACAGGUCGAGAAAGCGAAACCCGGCCCCAAGACCCAGCGAUUGCUGACGAACGCGGCCUCUAUCUGGUAGUCCGAACGACGGGCUCGAGGUCGUGGGUACAGCGCAUCACGAUUGACGGAGACCGGACCGACAUCGGGCUCGGUGGAUACCCUGACGUGCGCCUUGCCCUGGCGCGGAAGAAGAGCGCGGAGAUUCGUACAGCGGUGGCCGAGGGACGGGACCCACGGGCGGAGCGCCGUCAGCCGAACAUACCGACAUUCCGAGACGCGGCCGAGCAGUAUAUCUUGGAAAAUUCCGACCGUUGGAAGAAUCCGAAGGAGGCCAUUAACUGGCGCGGGAGUCUCGCGACCUACGCCUACCCGAAGUUCGGAAACACGCGCAUCGACCGCGUCACCCGUGCGGACGUUCUCAACGCGCUCAAACCAGUCUCGAGUCCAAACCAUCACUUGCCCGCAAGCUGA